GCAGGCGUGUGGAGCAGCUCAGAUCAAAAAUUUCCAGUAAUCAAUAUGGAGUAUCAGCAGUAUCUAAGCAAACAGUUGACCCUGUUCCACAACCAUCUGCUCUUCGACUAUGGAGCACUGAUCAAGGCGGCCACUUGCAUUGCCUUCGGCGCCGUGUGCGGCUGGUUAAUGAGCCUGAUCACAUUCGUGGUCUACAAGGCAGCAGUUGGCCUAGGAGUCAAGCCCAGAGCAUGUGACAACGAGGAUAAGUACGAUGAUCUCGACCUGGACGUGCAUACGGAGUAUGGGUAUGACCGGAUGCUGUCCCAGUGCCAGGAACUUAGUGAUUGGCUUGUGAGAACACAGUAACUGAGACGGGGGACAUCGCCUGAGGGGCCAUUCGAUUCGCCUUCUUUGUGCAUGAGCCCCAAUCAAAGUAUCCCGAUGCCACUUAGACCGUCUCGAGUGCGCAGAGUGAAUUUUUCAGAUACUGUUACAACAGUGGCAGUAUCGAAUAUUCUCUCUGCCGUUGUCGAAGUCAUUAGCAUAAUGUUUCUCGACACUUUCAGGGCCUUAAAUUGAAUUCAGCAUGCACCGCAGGCCGCCAUUUAUGCAAGCUUAUUUCUAUAGACGAAGGCCCGAGGUUCAAAUAUUUAAUAAACCAAACCGUUUCUGACUGAAAAA